AUGACCGACGUCAUGAUGAACUCCCCGUCUGUGACCUUUGACCUGAUGGCUGCCAUGUUGCAUUCUCAGCUCCAGCUGAGCCUCCAGCCUCCCGCUGACCGUCGGUCCUCCAUCAGCCCGGGACGAGGCGCCUGCUGCGGGGAGGAGCAGCGCGUCCAGCGCGUCCAGCCGGUCGUGUGUCCACCGGCUGCAGAUUUCACACACACACGGACAGCAGGAGUGUCUUGGACCAAAUUGUUGGCAGCUUGCAUCACAAGGUCACUUUGCUGGAACGGUGCCUUGCUCGUGGGCUCGCAGGCUGCCGCUGCUGAAUGUGUGUCAGUGGGCCACCGGAAAAACAGACUCGACAUUCCAGCCACAGCCGAUGGAGUCUCUGAACGCCGUGGAGCUGCGGGAGCUGCAACGCUGCGGCCCGUCCAGCGGGGGGCGCUGCGCCGCCGGAGGCUUCGAGAACGUCUCCUACCAGCAGGACGAGGAGCUGGACGAACCGGGACCGGAUGCGACCCGCGCUGUCCGUCCGGAACCAGCACGGUUUCUCCAGAGUCGUGUGACGAUGAGGAUGGCGGGGCUGCCGGAGGAGGAGGUGAUGGUGGUGCGGGCCUGGCGGCGCCGGACCCGGCCGACGGCCGCUCUGCGGACCUGGGCUUCGUUGUGGCGCUGGUUCUGCUGGUGAGCGGCAUCGUGCUGGUGGUGGUGGCCUACACCGUCCCCCGGGACGCCGGCGUUGAUCCGGACUCGGUGUCGGCGCGGCAGAUGGAGAAGCUGGAGCUGCACUACGCCCGGCUGGGCUCGCACCUGGACAGGUGCAUCAUCGCAGGCCUGGGCCUGCUGACGCUGGGCGGGAUGUUCCUGUCCGUCCUGCUCAUGGUCUCCAUCUGCCGGGGCGAGAUGUACCGCCGCGCCGCCUUCGUCCGGCCCAAAAGGACCUACGGCUCCAUCAGCCUGAGGAUGAAGCAGCUGGCGACCGGAGAGGCGGACGGAGACGGGGUGGAGCGGGUUCUGGUGGAAAACACACAGCCGGGGUCCAGCCGGGACCAGAACUCAGAACCGAGCAGGACGCCGGCUGCGGCUUCAGCUGCAUGUGGAGUUUAGUCGGAAUUGAUCCGGUUGGAUCCGGUUUGGUUCAGUUGGAUCCCAGCUGUCAGAAGCCAACCAAUCAGACGGCU